UGAUAGUUGCGUUAAAAGAGACCAUAGAUUAUGUAAGAAAGGAAAUUUCGUAUAUCAAUCUGAAUGAGUGUGUUGUCAUGGAGACACAAACAGUGUUUAAAUCGAUAUGGUUCCUUUGUAUGAUAAUGAUAUGUAUUCCGCAAUGUUGUAUGUACAUAAAAAGGAUUUGUACUUUUACAUUAUCUUCAUUCUAAGAGGGAAAUCCAUUUCAGAUAAUGGCGUUGGAUCUUGAAUUAAGUAAGAUAACUAUUUCGUUGCAAGCGGACGAGAAGAAUCGUCGCAGACAAGCGCUGGAGGAAAUAUGGAAAAAUAUAUCUCAAGAGGAAAUAAUAUCGGGCAGAUCGGAUGAUCUGAUUAAAAUAUGGGAGAGCGUUCACAGAUCUCUAAUUAGAAUUAUGAACGAUAAUAUGGAGAUGUGCCGAGAUCUGACCGUAGGGAUACUGAAAAUAUUUCUCGAAGCCUUGCCACCCGACGACAAAUACAUAAUCUACAUUAUACCGAUAAUGUCCAGACGAUUGGGCAUGCAGGAAUUGAUCGAGCCGUCGGAGGAAGUGCGCCUGAAAUGCGUCUCUCUUUUACGAACGAUUAUUUGGAAGUAUAAAGAUUUGUUGGCACCGUAUAUUCAGGACGUGACGGGAAUAUUGGCGCGCACCGUUACGGAUAAUUAUCCGAAUGUGAAGAAGGAGAGUUGCCGGUGCAUAUCGGACUAUGCAAAGACUCUAUCGAGGCAUUUCUACUCGCAGUCGGAGUAUUUAAUUAAACCUAUCCUGAGCAAUUUUACGCACCAGCACUAUAGAGUUCGACUCGCCGCUGUUGAAGCGAUAGGCGAUGUGAUUCGGUAUGGAAAUAGCAAGUCGAUGGAAGAGGUGGCAACGCCUUUGGCACAGAGGCUCUUCGAUCAAAGUGGGAUUGUCAGGGAAGCUGUAAUUGAAGUCUCUGGCCGCUGGUUGAUAGAGCUUCCUGACAGAUAUGGCUGGUGGUACAAACUUCUUCCCCUGAUCAUGACAGGGUUGCACGAUGAGCUUGCGGAGAUUCGUGUAAAAGCGGCCGAUAUGUGGGACGCUGCAGGAAAAUUAUAUAUGGAGGAAAACGAAAAUGAUAAGAAAUUGAAAGAUAAGAUGGACUUUCUUACGGAAGAUCCGGAGCACUAUCCUCCGGAAGUUUCCAGACCGAACUUAGGAUGUCGUGUGAUCGCGCAACAGAAUUUAUGCAAGCUUAUUAAUGGUAUCAGCGUCGAACUUGGAGAUUGGUUGCCAGACAUACGUGUGCGUUCCGCUCAAUUACUUUGUGUACUGAUACUAAAUGUUGAAGAAGACGUUACACAACAUAUUGAAAAGCUCUUGCCGCCUAUGUAUCGCGCUUGUAAUGACGAGGAUAAGAGAGUCGUUAGUUGCAUGGAAACUGCGGCACGAUAUUUAGGCUACUUCGUACAACCCAAAAUUUACUGUCACUUGGUGCUUCCCACUCUAAACGAAUCUCCGACCACCGGACACUUGCGUGUCUUCGCGGCGAUCAUUAGCGGUAGCGAACGGAGGGCUCUGUCGCAACAACUGGACAAGAUCGCGAAUUUCUUGCAGCAGCCGAAUAUCUGUCAGAGUAAAAAAAGCAACUAUCAACGUCAAAUACUGUUGUGCUGUAAUUCUCUUCUCGUAGUUUGUAAAGAGGAUUGCAUGGCGGUAACGCAAGCUUUAUUCAUUGUAAUAUUCACCAUAUACGCGAUGAGCGUGAAGCCUUACGUUCGCGAAGAAGCUGACAGACUCUUAGAGAUACUUGUCAACAUAAAUUCGCUAAAAGACGUCGAAGAAUUGUUUUGCAAUCACACAAGACCGCUGAUAAUGUCAAUUCACGAUGAUUGCGUCUCAUGGACGGUUUACAACGCGGAAUCGCAAAUUUUCUGCGCUUGUUUGAGCCGUGCCAGUGUCGCCAUGUCGCAUAAUGUAGACCUUGUGUUACCCAUCUUUAAGAAAACUAUGAGCAAGGACGCCGACUCCGAGCUGAAGUUGCGGCACUUUAUUCUACUUUCGGAGUACUUCUUGAACAAUCAGAAUUUACAUCAUUACAUCGAGAAUCCGCGUAAAUUUGUGAGCACGAUCGUCGAAGAGCUGAUCGUGCCUGGACUUAUUUGGGCCGCUGGUAGAGCAGCCGAAGCUAUUCGCACGGCCGCCGUUUGCUGCCUCUGUGCCAUUCUACAGAACAAGAUAAUUAAUCCCGGCGACAAAGAUGAGAUUUAUAACGAAGCGGGGUCGCCUGCGAAUGAGGAAAAGAAGGAAUCUAAAAUGUCUAUCACAGCGGAGCAGUUUCCAUCCAUCUUUGACAAGAUCGUGCCCGUUCUUGUCAGUCUGGUGGAUGAUAAAGCGAAGAAGACUCGAUUGUACUCCAUGCGCGCCAUUUGCAUGUUAGUAACAAUCGGACAGAGGCUGUCCUGCUUAGAUGACGAGUAUAUUCAUCGCACAUAUCCGGUGAUACUGAAGAGACUCGACGAUGGUUGCGACGAUGUUCGCUAUGCCGCGGUGGAAGCGCUUGUGGACGUGUGGAGCGUCGCAUCUGAAGAUUACGACACUGUCGUCAGCAGGUGUCACGUCGAUGCUCUGUACACGACGAUGAUUAUUCACUUGGACGACCCGGAGUCUCGCUUUCAAGAGAUAAUGUUAGGUAACAGUUAAUGGUUUUGUUCUUUCUGUUAGAGAUACGCGAAUCUAAGUUUUUUGACGCCAAAUUGAAUCGCAUUUCUUUUUUCGAAUCCAAGUUGAAUCGAGUCGAUAAUAUUUUACCCGAAUCGAAUUGUUGAAACAUAACUUUUAAUUAACAACAUAAUU